AUGGAAAAUAGGUUACUCAAAUGGAAUUCCAUUAAUCUCUCAGAAGCAGGUAGAACUGUGAUGGUCAAGCAUGUCCUAUAUGCUUUACCUGUUCACCAUAUGGUUUCUUUUAAGCUACCAGAUCAGACCAUUAAAGCUCUUAACUCAGUUCAGUGUAAAUUUUGGAGGAAAAAAGACACCAACAAAGGUGUAGUCAUUUCUUGGAGUAGCCUCAGCAAAGAUAAAAAAGAAGAUGAUUUAGGAUUCAUGGAUCUUGAGUGUUUCAACAAAGAUUUCCUUGCUAAAUCUGCAUGGAGAUUAUGCACCAAUACAGAUGAUCUAUGGUCCAAAGCCAUGGGAUUUAAAUAUUAUUCUGAAGGUAUAUUUAAUCACAGGGUGAAAGAUGAUUCUUCAUUUUCCUGGAGCAGUAUAUCCUCUGAAAUUCCAUUUACUAAAAGAAACAGUAAAUGGCUAUUAGGAAAUGGUGCUAGUAUCGAGAUUUGGGCAGAUAAUUGGAUCCCUAGAUAUGAUUCUCCUCCUUAG